AUGUCCCGCCCCCAGGUCAGCAUCGACCGUCUCACCCCCCGUCGCGCCAAUGCCGAACCCCGCGAGUCGAUGAACUGCAAGUCCUGCAGGAAGCGAAAGAUCAAAUGUAACCGCCUGCGCCCGAGCUGCGAGGCCUGCAAGGUCUUCCAGUGCCCGUGCAUCUAUGACGCCGUUCCCAAGAAGCGUGGGCCCAAAACGGACGUCCUCGAGGCCCUGCUGAAACGCGUCGACGGGCUGGAGAAACGCCUGCAAGAGGACUCUCCCAUCUCGCCUACCUCCUCCACCUCGCCCAUCAAGUCGCUAGAGCAGCAUCUGCUCCAAUCCAGCUCUGCCUCGUUUCGGCCACCACCCCCUCCCCAUGGCUUUCCAGCACCUCCUCCUCCUCCACCGCCGCCCCAGCCGCAGCCUCGCCUGCCGGAUGCCAUGCUGGACACCUACUUCGCUCGUCUACAUGGGAAGCCGUACUGGAUUCUGGACGAGAACACGACGCGUCAACGGCAUCAGCAUGGCCAAUUACCGACUCAUCUGUCGAUGGCUAUCUACGCGCUCACCUUAAGAUACACCACUCCCAAUCCACCGCAGGGGAGUCUGGAUCAUGCUCGACAAGCCCGACGACUGGUGGACAUCGAUAAUCCGUCCAUCGAGGGAACCCAGUCUCUACUACUGCUCUCCCAGACCUUCUUCGCCUACGGCUGCGGCAAGACGGCCUACAUGGUCCUAGCUAAUGCUAUCUCGAUGGCUCUGGCCUUGGACUUAUAUCGAGAGGCGCCCGCUCAAACACUCUCCCCGGUGGAAUGCGAGACGAGACGGCGUCUGUUCUGGACGGUUUACGUGAUGGAUCGUUUCCUCACCUGUGGCUCCAGGCGACCGGGCCUCGUCAGGGACCACUCCAUCGUCCUGCGCCUCCCAGGCAUCGGAUCCGAGCCCGGGGAAUUUUUCAACCCGGUCGGUCCCAACAUCCACUACUCUUCCGACCGUCGGAAAGGCCCGAGUGGUCCAGCACUUCUGGUCGAUAUCACACGCAUUCUGGGCGUCACCAACCGGUAUCUGGCCGCCGGGGGCGUCAAGGGGGAUUCUCACUUCCCGUGGCACGCACUCUCCAACCUAUCUAAGAUCCGCCAGGAACUGGACAUCUGGGCAGCCGGCACGCAGGAUCUGUUCGCGUCGAUCGAAACGCUAUUCGGUCAUCCGGAGAGUACGCUGCUACUGCUAAGUAAACUGAUCUAUCAUCAAGUGCACUGCCUGCUCUACCGACCCUUCCUGCCGAUCGACCUGGUGGAGCUGCGGGGCACGGGGCAGCACCAGUCCUGGCAGAUCGAAGCGACGACGCUCUGCUUCUCGCACGCCAACGCGAUUGCCGAGCUGGUGGAGCUGGCGCGGCACGCCCCGCGGAUCGAGUGGCCGGACCUGGUGGCGUACUGUGUUGGCACGGCCGGCACGGUGCACAUUCACGGCGUGCACUACCAGGGGCGAGAGGGGGAGGUGUUUGCAUCGAGUGCAGACUUCCUGGCGCGCGAAAUGCACCAACUCUCGUGGCUGCGGCAGUGCUGGGCGGGGGUGCAGCAUCAGCGGGAGAUGCUGCAGACCAUAUCUGUGUGCCACGCGGAUGUGGUGCGCACGAUGGCGGUCCGGCCGGUGCGGUUCGCACCGGUGUUUCACCUGGAGGACUUCAUGGAUCGAUAUCCGGGGCUGGUUGUGGAUGGAGGGCACGUCCGACUCGUGGACGCGGACGAACCGCUCGUACUGGAUCGACCAGACUUCUCGGGCCGACUGUUGUACCCUCAAGUGCCUGCACUGCAGGCGCAAGGACGAGCAUCUAUCGGCUUCCAGGCGUCCCCACCGUGGCCUCAGCCAGAGCUGAAUCUCCCCGACGGCAGUCUUGGGUUCUCCCCGGGGGUGGGCAACUCACCCGCUGCCUUUCUCGCGGAGACGUUUACAGCGCCGACGCCGCCGACGCCGCCGACGCAGCCGCAAUACGCAACGUUCCCCUUCGAGGCCACGCCGGGAGGCCCGGCAUUGACGCCGGACGCGCCCGGGGGGGCGGCCGGGGCCGGCGAUGGCGAGAAUGACCCGUUCUUGAGUCUGCUGGAGCAGUUGGCAGAGAACGAGCAUUCGCAGGGCGGGCCCAGUGAGCUGGAUUUCUUCCUGGCGGAGGGACUGGAGCCGGUGGCGGUUCCGGGGGAGGCGGAGAGCGGAGCCGGCCUGAGCAUGACGGAUGGAUUGGAGGACGCCGACUGA